AUGAAGAGGCUGGUUUGUAAGACACCAGAGCAGUGUGUCCCUGUGAGACUCCAAAUCCUGAGGAACGGAGACAAGGGAAAGAGCAGAUCCCUUGUUAUGGGCCCAGAUGUCUUACCGGGACGGAGAUUGCGAAACGUUAGUGCUGAAAGAAAGGAAAAAAGCCACACUGCAAACUAUUCUGAAGCAGAAAGAAACCAGACUGAACUUCACCACCUUUUGGAGAGGUGCACUGAAAUUUUAGAUUUACCUUUUGCUGCCCGGAGACUUUUCGAUGAAAAAGGGAAGGAAAUUUUUUCCCUGAAUGACCUGCAGAGAGAUGAACUGGUAUAUGUUUCAUGUGGAGAAGCCUGGAUUAAUCCUGACCUCUCCAUCGCUCAACAAAGGAAGCAAAUCCUCCUCAGGAGCCUUGAGUUUGACGUUUCCAAGAUUAAAACCUUUUGCAGCUUGUGCAAGGAGGAAGCUCUCGUUUUAGAAGUCCAAAUUGACCUUGUGUCUGGGGGCAAGCUCGUUGUGCAUAAACCUGUAGUCAUUGUGGAAGAAGAGAAGCAAGAGAAAGGACCAGAGGGAACUCAGAUGCAAAAUGAUGCUUUAAUACCAGGAAAUGCUCCCAGAGACGCUCUAGAUUCACAUGAGAGAGCCCAUCUCCGCAUGGAAGCCUGUCGCAGGAUGCCCAAGUAUGCCUGGCAGGACCCUUCGUUCAACCUUGCUGAUGGCGACAGCCUUCCAAAGAAAACGGACAAAGAGCUCCUGGAAAAUGUGCAACCCCAAAAGAAACACAGCCAUUUCCCAAAGCACAGUAAAUUGCAGAAGCUGCAACAUCAGGAAUUUGAAUACAGAAAUAGGCGAAUCAUUAGCUUUGCUGCUCCUCAGUUGGUCCUGGGUGUACAGGGCUGCAAACCCCGGUCAGGCACAAGGGUCGUUUUGGUGGAGAAGAAAUCUGACGAUGGGAACCAACGCUGGACACAUAAGGAAGAAAGCAGGACCUUUCACCUCGUGAGUAACCCUGACCUUGUACUGGCAGUGUCUAUGACCAAGGCUCAGAAUGAAGCCCAGGGCUAUCCCGUUAUCAUUCAGAAAUACAAGCCAUACAGCAAUGGGGCUGCCAAUCAAAAGUGGCAUUACGUGGCAAAUACAAGAACAUUUAUAGCCUUUCACAGCACUGCCCUGGAUCGGAAAAUCACAGCAGCCAAUUCCUCCGGCCUUUGUACAUCAUCUGUCACUAAAGAAAACAUUGAUCAACCCGGAUACUGUUACCUCUCACCCGAUGGAAAGAAAAAACUGAUGCUCUGCCAGGCUUGUGGACAGUCCAUGCGGGCAGAGAAGGGGUUGAAACAGCUGCUUCCAGGCGCUCCAUUCUUCUGUGUUUCCGGCUCCCAGCAGAAGUCCUUGCCACGAAAGCCAUUCAAGGUCAUCAGCGUUGACAAGGCUGAUUUAUCUUCUUAUGAAGCUGAAAACACUCUAAGAUAUUACGAAGAGCGUCUGUCAUCUUUAUGGAUGAAGGCACGCACAUGCACUACAUCCCACAGUGGCGUGGUACCUUCCUACCAAAAGGCAGUGAAAAUAAUCGCAUACAAAAAUGGGGAUGGAUAUCGGAAUGGGAAGUUAAUUAUGGCUGGAACAUUCCAUGGGCUUCUUGCAGAGUGCACGGAACGACUUGGACUCACUAGAGCAGCCACCAAAAUCUACACCAGAGAUGGAACCAACAUACUGACUUUGCGCAGCUUGGUUCUGUGGGCCAUAGGUGAGACCCUCGCCCAGAGAUACCCUGAGACACAAGAGAGAAGCACGGAGUCUUUGGGGACAGCACAGACAGCUGUUCAAAAUACAGAAGAAAACUCAAAAAUGAAAAUGGGAAACAGAUUGGAUUGUUUGGAGGGCAUAGAUAAAUCUUUGCUUGCCCAGAUCCUCAAAAGUCCCAUUGCAAUUUGGGUGUCUUGUGGUGAGCCAUUUCUGCCUCUAAAUGCUCCACAGAACUCAGAAAAAUUAAAGAAACAAAACUGGCUAAAGAAGGACCAAAUUUUGGCUGAUUUAGACACCCUGAGACACAAGAUGCGGCAGUUGAAAGGGCGGCGAAUGGCAGCCCGUCAGCCAGCCACCAUGGUGCCCACCCAAAGCCCUCUGCAGCCGGUAGUGAUGGAGGGAGGCUGGACAGAGCAGACUCAAGAGGAGAUGAAGCUCAUGGAACGUAUCCGAGAGACCGAGGCGCAACUUUCUGAAGGCAAAGAACUACAGCCCAGGUGCUCCCUGACUGCAAGUCAAUGUAAAGUAACCCAGCAGCACACCCUGCACCGGGUUCCGCAUGUGAGACGAGUGUGGGCCUACCAGAACGGAGGCAGACCUGACGAUGGUGCUUAUGUCAGGGCCAGCACUAUUUCAGAGUUGCUGGAUGAGUGCACUGCUCGUCUGAAAAUGUUGCACCCUGCCAAAACCCUGUACACCUCAAACGGGGAGCUCAUUCAGUCCUGGGACAGCAUAGAGAAGGAUAUGAUUGUCUGCGUGUCUGCAGGACGUGGCUUUGUGACCUCAAAAGAAAAGCAGCAGCUGGUGGAAAUCAAAGCGAAUUAUGCCAGAAUCCGGAGGCAGCGGGGCCGCGAAGCCACAGACAUUGUGGUAUCACCAUCCAUGAAGUUGCUAUCUCUCCUGCAGCCACACAACUAACUUCAAGCAGAGCUUCAUAUCUUGUGCUGUAUUUUAUGGAUAUAGCUAUGUGUAGAUUCUCAAGGGCUAGUUAUGCCAUGACCAUUUUUGUCCCUUUUAACCUAUACACAGUGUCCCUUUUAUUCCCACCAUCCGCUGAGAUUUGAACCUAGCUGUUGGACAUACACUUGAGUGGUGUGUCAAGCAUCCUGAGCUAUGCCUCCAGCUCCCUCGGUCUCCUUCAAAGGUUAUUAGUUUCCACAUUGUAUGUGAAGUAGCAUUGGAUGCCUCGAGUCUGCUCCUUGAACAGCAACAAAACAAGACAAAUAAUGCAAGGAAGAUGACUGUCUUAGGUGAAUUUUCUUUGAGAAAAUAUAAGUUGCUGAAAAGUAACUUAGAAGGAUCAAGGAACAUACAUCUAUGCACAUGUAUGUAUGUAUAUAGCUAGGACAUUGAUAAUAAAAUGACUCUUGAUCACUGAACCCUAAAUUCAA